ACCAUAAAAUACCCGGGACGUAAAUUAAUUGAAAUUAUCGAUUGCAACAGUCCAAAACAUAAAGAGUUUGUUGAACAAAUUGAAGAAGAUAUUGAGAUACUCUACAAGGAAUCCACCGAAAUAGUCAUAAUUAAACAACUAAAAAAGGGAUGCGUUGAGGUCACGUUUCAUCUGGUAUCAAUUGGUAGAAAGAGUGAAAGUGAACUGCGUCAAGUUUUAGAAACAGCAGUGAAAUCUGGAAACAUCGGUGACCACACAGUAUCCACUGAAGGAUUUUCAUUUGAAAAUCUCAAUAGAGAUGAACAAAUCACUACAGAAAAUGACCCGGUGACAACAAAACAGAUAAGUGACAUGGCGAAUAAAAUCCAAACCUUGAAGAUGAAAAUAGAUGAUCUGGAGACUGACAACAAAAGACUCCAACAAGCUAAGGACAACCUCGAAAUAGAUUUUACCACCCUACAGGCAGAUCAUGAACUUCUUCAAAACGAACACCAAUUGCUGCAGGAGAAGUAUGAUGAAAUAACGAAGAUUAAUAAAUCAACACAGCAACAAGAACCCGACUACCAAACAUCUUCAGCAGAAUCUGUGUCAAGAAAACAAAAGACAACAAAUUGGGGUGAAAAGGUUUUUGAGGAUCUGAUGAAGAUAAAUCAUAGCAUGAAUUGUAUAGCCGAAAAUAUCCAAUACAAGAUGGGUGAUUUAACAUACUUGUUGAAGAAAGAGAAUGCAAUAAGUGAUAUCUAUGAUAUCAUGUAUAUUUACCGAAAUAGAUAUGGUGAUAACAAGAUGACUACCUGGCUAUUGUUUUAUAGUUUAAUAUCUCACACUGGUUACCGUAGUUACGACGUUUUCAAGCACUCACUAGAACAGCUUGAGUUAAAACACGCUGUAGAGAAGUUAGAGGAAGUUAUGACAAUACCGGAAAACCCAGAACUAAAUACACGGACAUGGGGUGAAAUGUUUUUAGACGAGAUGAUAAAGAUGCAUGUCCACAUGAAUUAUGUAGCCGAGAAUCUGAAAUACCCCCUGAUAGAACUGGUAGACCUGCUGGACAAGAAGCGUGCUAUACGAGAUAAACAUAUUAUUGUCAGCCAUAUACGCCGAGAUGAUGACAACAAGAAGACGACCUGGAUGUUAUUACACAGUUUGGUCUCUACUACAGGGUCUAGUAGCUUCCGUGUAUUUAAACAUGCUCUUCAGGAACUGGGUUUAACUGAUGUCGUGUCCAUGUUAGAGACAGGACAAUGUACCGAACCAGUGGAUACAGAGAUCAAUAUUUCCUCAGAAGAACGACCCGAGGUUGCUGAAAACAGUGAUAACGAAUACACUUUAGAUGUUUUAAAAGAAGAUGAAAUUGGAGGACAGUAAAACAUCGUAGUCUGAAUAAACAUCCGGGUAGUAAACCAGAAUUGAUAGAAGCCUAAUUCGUUUGUAUAGGUCAGAAUCCAUUAUUUU